AUGCCCCGUGAUGAUUCAGAAUAUAGAAAUCAUGAGUGGGGCAAGAAAACUGACAAGAAAGAUAAAAACGAGGAGGAGGAGCCUGAAGAGGAGGGCAAGAAAGAGACUGCCAAUUAUGGACUUUCUGGCCUCCUGGCUUCUGAGACCCGCACAUGGAAGGGAGUGGAGUUGAAGUUCGUUGAACCGAUGGAGGCGAGGAUGCCAGACAAGAAGUGGAGACUGUAUGAGUUCAAGGGGGACGAGCAGCUCCGUAUCCUUCACUUGCACAGAUGUUCUUGCUACAUCUUCGGACGAGAUCGCAGCUUGGAGCACUUUCCAGGGUUCGUCGCCACCGACCAUCCUUCCUGCUCAAAGCAGCACGCGGUCAUUCAAUUCCGGCAGCACGAGAAGGAUGACGGAGUGGGAGGAGUCAUCCUGAGCGUGAGGCCGUACCUGAUGGACCUCAAGACCACAAACGGAACACAACUCAAUGGCGAACGGAUUGACGACAUGCGCUACUAUGAGCUCAAGGAGCGAGACAACAUCAAGUUUGGCAACUCGUCUCGAGACUACGUGCUUCUCCAUGAAUCGUCCACUUGA